AAUUCAUUCCGUGUUUUUCAGCAGCAGGAAUUCGAGAGGGAUGCUUCUGUUUGGGUUUCUGAUCGUGAUUUAUAUUUAUUCAGAGGAAUAACAGAGGAUGGAUUUGUUCCCGGCCGGAGCAUGCUCACAACCAACAGGCUCUCCCAUGAUCCAACUGCCCAGUUUGGUGCUUUAAUGUGUUAAUGAAAAAAUGCACACAAUCCUGACAGAUGGGACUGGUUCAUGAAGGAGGGGACGGCCAGCUCAGUGUUUCAGAGACCACAGGACCAGCUUCCCAUCCAGAGCAAAGGCCUUUUACGAGCAUGGUUGUCUCAGCUUCCAGGAAUCUCCGAAACCUCUAGAUUAUGAGCUCACAGUUGGCUUGUGGCAGAUGAAGAAACUGAGACCCAGAGAGAGGGAAGGGUUUUGUCCAAGAACACAGAUGGGAAGCAGCGGAGCUGCACAUUGAACCAAGGUGGAGCUAAACUUCCCGCUGGCAGAGAAUGCACACGCCCAGAAGCCCAGGAAAUACAUCUCGUUAGUCCUUCAAGCAUGCAGCCUUUGACUUCUCCCGGCCCAGAGGAACCAGAGGCAGGGACCAGGGCGUGACCCAUGGGCAAGAGUGUGACGUUCUUGUCCAAGACCACCAGGUUCCAAUACCAACCUAAAGGGAAGGGACCCAAAGGGACCAGCCCUCACCAUUCAGUAUUAUUUUGCUCAUCCUAUGGGAAAGAGCUGCACUCAAUGAGAUGAGCUGGACUGUCCUGCAUUUGCAAAGGCUUGCCAAAAACCAAGAGACAGACAUGUCGUGGGCUGCCUCCUGACUCUGAGGGUGCUGCCAUCACCAGAAACAAGAUGGCCAGACUCAAACCCUUAACAAAGUUGACACGGAAACUCUUUGGACUUGCAGUUCUAGGCUAUUGCCAGGCAUUAAAGUAGCCUCACCAGUGGGUAUUUUUUUUUGACUCUCAUGCAUUUUUUAGUCCAAUAGAAGCCAGCAACACUUCAGCAAAAGAUCCUUUGGAACCACCUCUGGCUUCUCACUUCUUCUCCAAUGCAGGCAGAACCAGGGCAUGUGGGCCAUUUGUAAAUGAAGCCUGGUCCACCCUUCCCCAAGUAGCAUCAUCCCCAGCCUCUGAUAAGGCCAUGGAUCCUGAGCAAGGCGUCAAGAGUGCACAGACAUCGGAGGGUAGUCCCAGAAAGCGGCUUCCCAAAGGAGAAGCCGUGCAAGCCAGUGGCCCCUCCACAGCUCCAGCAGCGGCUCCAGCCCUGGCUCCAGCCUCAGUUCCGGCUCCAGCUCCAUUCCAGGGCAGCUCUACUUCCUCCCCAGCGACACCCCUCCAUGAACUCCUUUCCCAGCAGCAGCAGCAGCACUUUUCGGGGCCCCCGCUGGUUCUGAGGGAGGGGUCUCAGGAGAAAACGGGACACCAGAAACCCCUGAAAAGAUCUACCGUUGAAGGCCCAGCCCACAUCCCCCAGCUCCCUCAACACCCUCUGUCACCAGCAUUUAUGUCUCCGGGGAAGCCCGAGCAUCUCCUGGAAGGGCCCACGUGGCAGCUAGUCGAGCCAAUAAGGCCAGGCCCCUCUGGGUCUUUUGUAUCUCCGGGGCUCCAUUCUCAGAGCCAGCUCCUCCCCGCCCACCCGACCAUCAUCCCUCCUGAGGAACUGCAGUCCAUCCCUAAAGUCUACAUCCCGCGUGCCUCCCACAUCUCUAUGAAGCAGGCCGAGGAACCACCGAAGAAGGAGAAGAAACCUCAGAAGCCUGGCAAAUACAUCUGUCAAUACUGCAGCCGUCCCUGUGCCAAGCCCAGUGUGCUCCAAAAGCACAUCCGCUCUCACACAGGUGAGCGGCCCUACCCCUGCGUCCCCUGCGGCUUCUCCUUCAAAACCAAAAGCAAUCUGUACAAACAUAGGAAGUCCCAUGCACACCGGAUCAAAGCAGGGCUGGCUUCAGGAAUCGGGGCUGAGAUGUACCCUCCGGGGUUGGAGAUGGAAAGGAUCGGUGGUGAGGAAUUUGAGGAGCCCACCGAAGGAGAGAGCACCGACUCCGAGGAGGAAACGGGGGCCACGUCCAGCCAGCCAGCCGACCUGUCUCCCAGACAAAAGCACACCCUCCUUGGCAGCAGCAGCCUGUAUGGUUCGGGCAGCCAUGGGCCGGGCCACGACCGCUGUUCCUCGUCCCAUUCCAGCACCUCCCAGUCACUCGAGGAGAACCCCCAGUUUGCAGAGCCCUUGUCGUCAUCGUCGGAGCAUUCUGUGAGCCACAAAGCGGAGGACACACACACCAUCAAGCAGAAACUCGCCCUGAGGCUCAGCGAAAGGAAAAAAGUGAUGGACGAGCAGGCCUUCCUGAGCCCUGGGAGCAAGGGGAGCACAGAAUCAGGCUACUUCUCCCGUUCGGAGAGCGCAGAACAGCAGAUCAGCCCUCCCAAUACCAAUGCCAAGUCCUACGCUGAGAUCAUCUUUGGCAAGUGCGGGCGAAUCGGGCAGCGGACAACGAUGCUGACGGCCACUGCCACUCAGCCGCUCCUGCCGCUGUCUGCUGAGGACAAACCCAGCCUGGGCCCCAUCUCCGUGCCUCGGACGCAGGUCAUCGAACACAUCACGAAGCUGAUCACAAUUAACGAAGCAGUCGUGGACACCAGUGAGAUAGACAGCGUGAAGCCCAGGAGAAGCUCUCUGUCCCGGCGGAGUAGCAUUGAGUCCCCCAAGUCUGGGAUCUUUCGAGACCCAUUUCAGCUGGACCCAUCCAAAACUCUGCUCUCCCACGGUGAGAAGGGAAAGCCAGAACAAUCUCUACUCUCCCUGCAGCAGCUGCCCCCCAGCUCCGCUGAGCCCGCGCCCCUUCUGAGGAGCCACUCCAUGCCUUCUGCCACCUGCACCAUCAGCUCCCCGCACACGUUUAGAGGAAGCUACUCUUUUGACGACCACAUCAGUGAGUCGGACACCCUGAGCCGCAGCCGAGUCUUUACGUCCCACCCCCGCACGUUGAAACGCCAGCCCGCCUUUGAGCUCCCUCUGGGAGGGGAGUAUAGCUCAGAGGACAUCGGGCUAGGUCCUAAGGACACGGCCUCCAAACCCGCCGAAGAAAAAGAAGCAAAGGAAAGUGAACUCACCAAAAAGUCCCGGAAAGGCUCCAAAGCAAAAGGGAUAACCUUUGAGUGUAACAUAUGUGGGGCUCGGUACAAGAAACGGGACAAUUACGAGGCCCACAAAAAGUACUAUUGCUCAGAACUUCAACUCGCCAAGCCUGUUUCCACGGGUGCCCAUCCGUCCUCAGAAGUCGAAAAGAGCCAAGGGGAGCCCGAGUCUUGGUCUCAGAUGAUGCACUAUAAGUUGGGGACCAGUUUAGAACUUACACCACUAAGGAAGAGACGGAAAGAAAAGAGCCUUGGGGAUGACGAAGACCCGCCCUCCUUUGAGUCGACCAAAGGUCACUCCUCUGUGGGGCCUGGGAGCCAGUUUGCCAGCCCAGUCCCCUCGGAAGCUGCUUUGAACCUCCCCCAGGAGCCCACCAAGCCACCAGCAGAGCCAGCUCCAUCGGUGCCACCCCUGGAGGGUUCCGUGGCCUUCCACCCAAGGACUCCCAAACCAGCGGCAAGUUCCGAGUCUGGAAAGGAGAGAAGAAAAAUCUCCACGGAAAUUUCCGUCAUCCAGCACACCAGCUCCUUUGAAAAACCUGACCCUCCGGAGCAGCCGAGCCACCAGGAAGGAGAAGACAAGGCUUUGUCCCAGUUCUCGUCGCAGCCAGCCGUCACUCCACAUGGCCGCUCCUCCCACUCCCUGCAGCCUAGGUUAGUCCGACAGCCUAACAUCCAAGUUCCUGAGAUCUUGGUGACCGAGGAGCCCGACAGGCCAGACACUGAACCUGAGCCCCCGCCGAAAGAACCCGAAAAGACUGAGGAAUUUCAGUGGCCUCAGCGGAGCCAGACGCUUGCUCAGCUCCCCGCGGAGAAGCUGCCCCCCAAGAAGAAAAGGCUGCGGCUGGCGGAGAUGGCCCAGUCCUCGGGGGAGUCCAGUUUUGAGUCAGUCUCCCUGACCCGAAGCCCUAGCCUGGAAAGCAGUGUAUCUCAUACUUCAAGCCACUCGGCAUCCUUUGAAAGGGAAGACCAUGGGAAGACAGAGGCUCCUGGCCCUUCCUCAGAAACUCACUCCAAGUCUUUUGGCACCCACAUGUUGACUGUUCCAAGCUACCCUCACCACUCCAGAGAAAUGCGGAGGUCGGCCUCUGAGCAGUCCCCCAACGUGCCGCAUCCUUCUCAAAUAUCUGAGACACGCAGCAAGUCAUUUGACUAUGGGAGUUUGUCUCUGGCUUCGCCUCCCACGCCAGGCAUCCCCACCUCCUCGGCCCCACCAGAAAGAAGAAAAUGCUUUCUAGUGAGACAGGCUUCCCUGAGUCGGCAUCCAGAGCGUGAGCCAGAGACACCUCCUAAGGGGAGACUGGAAAUGGAGGAGCCUCUGCCUUCAUCCAGUAAAUCUUCCUCCAAAAGUUUGCUACAUCAGCCUUCCUCUUCCUCCACCUGCUCAGCUUCUACCACCACCUCUUCUUUCUUUUCCUCCUCCAUCCAUGGCAGGUACCUCAGUGCUAAGAGCCAGCAGAAGGACAGUCCCCAGCUGGUGUCCAGCCCACCUUACACCGAAGCUCUACAAGUGUUCCACCCACCCAUCCCCCAGCUCUCCCUGCAUGAAAAACCAUACCUGCCACCUCCAGUCUCCCUUUUCUCUUUUCAACACUUCCUCCAGCCACCAGGACAGUCCUCAGAGCUGUUCUCCACUCCGCCUAUGCCAGAGAUCUUCUCUGCCCCAUACUCCAUGCCCCCGCUUCCCCCGUCCUUAUUUCAGACUCCGCCAGUUCCCCUUCAGCAAGCUAUCCUUCAUCCAGGCCAGCUUCAUAUGCCUCACCAGCUCAUACCUCAUCCAGCUGAUCUUCCCUUCUGUCAGCACCCUUCAUUUCUCCCCAUGCCCCAUCCCAGCUCCUCCUCGCUCUCUUCAGGCUUCUUUAUGCCUCUGCAAUCUCAGUUUGCCCUUCAUCUGCCUGGGGAGGUUGGCACCCAUAUGGCCCCAGUGAAAUCCAGCCUGUCCCCUCUCACAGGGCCCUCUGGCCUUUCCCCCAGCACAGAAUAUGGCACCGAUGUCCGGUUGCACCCAGUGACACGUGCCACCAGCCCUCCAGUAUCGACAUCAGCCCCACAACUGGCUGUUCCUUCCUGCCCAGAUCCCGCAGUGUCUCUGGUUGUUCCUGUCCGAAUCCAGACCAACAUGCCCUCUUAUGGAAGCGUGAUGUAUACAACCCUUUCUCAGAUCUUGGUCACUCAGUCCCAGUGCAGCCCAUCCUCCCUCGUGCUCCCCAGGUUUGAUGACUACCAGGCCAAAGGGACAUUGGUCUGCGGUGUAGAAGCUCCUGGAGUGGGUCUUGAGCUGGCCCAGAUCAGCGAGGAGCAAAGAAGGGGGUUCCCAACACCAUACCUGAGGGUGCCUCUUCCAUCAGCAGAGAGGAAAGGUUCUUCUCUGUCCUCAGAAAGCAUCUUGGGCAUGGAGGGAAGCCCGUCCACUGCAGGAGGCAGCAAACGGGUGUUGUCCCCUGCGGGCAGCCUAGAACUCACCACAGAGACCCAGCAGCAGAAGAGGGUGAAGGAGGAGGAAGGCUCCAAAGCUGAAGAGAAACUGGAACUCCUCAGGCCAGCUAGCACCAUCCUUGCCAGUGCUGAAGCCAGCAAAAUGCAAGAGAGAGCCCAGUUUGGGGGCCCCAGCCAAGGCCGAGGGGAGGAAGAGACCCUCCCUAGCUUAACGUUGGCUCAGCCUCUUCCCAAGGAAAGCCCUCCCUCUCAGUACUCGGGGCUGCCUCGUUCAGGAGCUCUGGGCCUGGAAGCAUCAAAACAGCCACCUGGAAAGCCAUCCCGGCGGCAGUCACCACUGCAGGGAGUAAAGAAGGAAGAUUCCAAGGACCUGCCCGACCAUCCACCGAAGACUCCUCCCACCUCCUCCUCCACUUCUCCCAGGAUAGCAAAAUCCCGGGAAGGUACAGACACCAAGAAGGUACUGCAAUUCCCCAGCCUCCAUACGACCACUAAUGUCAGUUGGUGCUAUUUAAACUACAUUAAGCCAAAUCCCGUCCAGCAGGCAGACAGGAGGUCCUCUGUUUAUUCUGGUUGGUGUAUAAGUCUGUACAACCCCAACCUGCCUGGGGUGUCCACUAAAGCAGCUCUGUCCCUCCUGAGGUCCAAGCAGAAGGUCAGCAAAGAGACAUACACCAUGGCCAUGGCUCCACAUCCUGAGACAGGAAGGCUUGUUCCGUCCAGCUCCCGAAAGCCCCGAAUGACAGAGGCUCAUCUCCCUUCAAUGGUCUCCAGUGAGGGUCGGAAAGACCUAGCUCGAGCCAAGAAGGAAGAAGAGAAGAGAGGAAAGUCUGAGGAGGAUACCCCUGCCUCCAAAAGGGGGGAGCCAGCCAGGAUCAAAAUCUUCGAAGGAGGGUACAAAUCAAAUGAAGAAUAUGUGUAUGUGAGAGGCCGCGGACGAGGGAAAUAUGUUUGUGAGGAAUGUGGAAUUCGCUGCAGGAAACCAAGCAUGCUGAAGAAACACAUUCGCACGCACACUGACGUCAGGCCCUAUGUCUGCAAGCAUUGUCACUUUGCUUUUAAAACCAAAGGGAAUCUGACUAAGCACAUGAAGUCCAAGGCUCACAGCAAAAAGUGCCAGGAGACGGGGCUGCUGGCGGAGCUGGAAGCCGAGGAAGGAGCCAGUGACGACCCCUUCCAGGAUUCUGAGGGGCGGGAGGGCUCUGAGGCAGUGGAAGAGCACCAGUUUUCUGAUCUGGAGGAAUCUGAUGAGGAGGAGGACAAUGAAGAUGAUGAAGAUGAGGAGGAGGAGGAGGAGGAGAGCCAGGAUGAGCCUGCUCUGAAGCCCUCAGAAGGGCCACCACCUACUGGACACUCAAAAGCUAGCUCUCCACCGGCUCAGGACGAUAGCCCCCGAGCAAGCCCAUCUUUGCCCCAAGAUGUUACCUCGCGUGACCAGCCCGCAGCAAGCUCGAGAUUGGAGGCGAGGUGGCCAGCAGACUGGAGCGAAGCUGCCACCUGCCAGAGCCACUCAUGUCUCCACCGGCCAGCUCCACUAUCCCGGGAGCCUUUGGCUCCUGGCGAGCAGGAACUGGCCCCGAACCAGCAUGGGGGGAUCUUAGCCAUGGGCCCGUUGUCGAGCUCCCAGGCCCCGUCCCCAAGAAGGCCGUGGUCCCCUGGGAAAGAGCCCUGCAGCAGCAGACCCAUGGUCCCCCGAAAACACUCACUAACCAAAAAUGAAAGUCCUCCCCAGCGCUUUGCACCAGCUGGAGGAAUGCCAUCCUUCCAGUGCGGCUCUCCGGGGAGAGGGGCUUCACCCGGUCUAUGGAUGGCAUCUCCUCUCAGGUGCAUGUCACCCUCAACUCACUUGUCCCCAACAAGAGAACUAUCCCCACAAGCCUAUCUCCCACCAGAGGGCAGGGUCUCUCCGGAGAGGAACUUGUCUCCCAGCCAGGAGAUGAUCCCUAUGAGACGCUCAUCCCCCAGGAAAAUGUCUCCAGGACUUUCUGAGUCCCCCCCACGGUACCCACUGCCAGGGAAAAAUGACUUAGUGUUCAGAAGUGGCACAGUAGCAGAUGAGCAAACCCUGGGCAGUGUUACAGUCACUCAGCGUGGUUUCUUCUCUCAAAAGCCUCUACCUCACAAGCUCCUUGGCAAAAACGUGGAGACCUCGGAAUCCAAGAUGAAGUUGGAGCCCAGAAGCCCAGCCUGCUCACCAGGUCCCGCUCACCCGUUUCCCUCCAGACCCUUCUCUUCACUUCAUGAAUUCCAUGGCCACAUCCCAGGCCGGACAGGAGAGAACCUCUUUAGCCAUCUCCCUCUGCAUUCGCAGCGCUUAGCCAGGACCCCAUGCCCCAUGAUCCCCAUUGGGGGGAUCCAAAUGGUCCAGGCCAGGCCCAGCACCCAUCCCACGCUGAUGCCUGGGGCUGGGGGGCCAUGGUCCACCUGCUUCUUUGGUGGGGGCAGCGACCUGACCGACUCCCGGCAGGCUCAGGAGAGAAGCCGAGAAGGCCCGCCAGAGACCUCCUCAGCAUCUGUGUCUCCAGUGGCCAAGGUCUCCAAGUUCACUCUAUCCUCAGAGCUGGAGAGUAGCAGCUAUUCCAUAGAGAGGACGAGGACUAGUGAGGGUCAGGUUGUGCCCGACUGGGAGAAACCCAGGAUCGGAGGAAUGUCCUCGGAGACCAAGGCUCCCGCCCCCACCGACAGCCCCAGCCCGAGCUCUGAGCAGUCUCCCAGGCCGUCCCCUGGCAGGCCAGGGCAGGCAAAGAGGCCUAGCCCGAAGGCAGCCCACAGCAGCCCCUGCACUGACUCUGAGACACCAUGCACUUUUCCCUCGGUGUUUCCUUCCCAGACGUUGGACCGAAGCAGCUCCACGGGCUGUCUCAUGGAGCCCAGCCGGUGCCUGGCAACCCGCAGGAGGAACCUGUCGGGAGAGCUCAGGCCCUCGGCCAGCCCUUGUCGUCAGCUGGGCUCCCCGCCGUUGGAGAUCGAGGGGCCUGGACAAACUCCUGGGAAGCCGGAGGACAAGGACGAAGGAAGUUCCUAGGCGCCCCCCCCAUCUGCAUCAGCAUUAGGCUUCCAGUAUAAAGGAACAGACAUUUCCAACACUAUUUCCUGCAGUAUAGUCAUCACACGCAGACGCACUCUCGCUCAUGACCAAACUCACAGAAACACCCCUCGUUGAGUUAUCCCUGUCUGGUGUCAUCUUCCCAUGUAUGCAGUUACUUGUGCCUUUUCUGAUGCCUUUUUUUGCUUGAAAUGUUUAAAAGGAAAAACAAAUGAGGUGUUUAAGGCUGUGAAUAUUUUUGUAGAGUUUUUCGAAGCGGGUUGGUGGAGCGGUGUCCUCUGGCAUCAUGGUGAGCUGAAUGUCCCCUGGCCCCCCACCAGGGCCAGGGAGAAGCAGCUGUUUACUGUGGGAGGUUAUGCACUGAAAAAAACAAACCCAAGAAACCUUUUUUUAUACUGAUUAAAUGAAAAAAAAAAGUGUUCCUCUGUACAGAUGUUUAUGGUUCCUAUUUAUUGCAGGUUCUAUUUAAUCAUCCAUCAAGCGCUUCUCUGCUUGUCUCUUUUUUUGGUGGCCUUCCCCCGCCCCCCAGUGCCCUCAGAUAGUUUGGAAAUCCCUUCCACUUGACAACCCCUCCCCCCCCAAUUGUGAUUAGCCUGAGGAGGGAAGCCAGACAACCACCAGACAGACUGACGAUGGCCCCGCCCAAACUCAGCUCUUCCCUGACGCCUCCCCAUCAAUCACAGAAAGCAUCAUUUUCUGUCUGUCUUUAUUAUAUCUUGGAGGAAUUACAUUCAAGAUAUAGGAAGUGACCAGACAGGGGAGCCACUAACUCAACGGCUUUCAUAACGCUGGUGAUGCUGGUGACAUUGGUGAUGUUGGUGCCACUGGCUAGCCGGCUAAGGGGGUGUGGAACUGCCCCUCCUCCCGACCCUGCUCCAAGUAGGAAAGUCUAGGGUCUGGACGUUUGCCUGUCUCCCUCUCCCUCCUUCCCAAAAAGCUGAGUUGUCCUUUGGAUGGCAGAGCCUCACAUUUGCUGCCCAUUAGAGAGAGCACAGAGAAUUACUCAGCAAACCCUAACCCAGGCCUUUCAGAGGAAAGCCCUUGGAAAGAUUUUUCAGAUUCAGAGCUGUUGGCCCCAUACCUCAUAAAACUCUGGCCUUAAAUCUCCCUGGGGUCUAGGUGGCCAUGAGAUCAUUGAUCGGCUGUAGAGCUAGAAGGGACCUUAAAAGUCACAUGUAUUCCAACUCAUUCAUAUUACAGAUGAGGCAACUGAGAUCCAAAGAAUCAAGUGAUUCAUCCAAGGUCACCCAGCUAGAAAGCAGAAUCUGUCAUUCUCUUUAAUGGAUCAGCCAUCAGAAGUACUUGGUCUCAUGGAUCCAAGGUCAUAGGAUUUAGAGCCAAAGAGAACUUAGAGGUCAUUCUACAGAUGAGGCAACUGAGGUCCAAAGAAUCAGGUGACUUAUCCAGAGUCAUCUAGCUUGGUAGGCAGGGUCCUGUUUUCUUUAAUGAAUGAACAAAUGCACUUAGUCUUAUAGAGCUAGAGGCAGGGGAUGAGCUUCUGUACUUUUCGUAGCAAAUUAUUUCCUGUACUGGCAGGGAUAUGAAGAAAGGACGUUGGCACUCCUGGGAUGGGGAAUGGGCUAUGCUGAUCAGUUUCAUUUCCCCAAUUUUUUUUUUGUUGUAAUAGUUGUCCCUGGUCAGAUACUAUCCAGAAGCUGGUCUCCAAUUCAUCUGUCUUUAGUAUCUUCAGAAGCUCAUAUCAAAAGCAGAAAGCAGUCAAGGAGAUUGUGAGUGGGAAGGAGGCUUGGUGUCAGGGAUGUGCUGGAGUCAGCCUUAACCACCUCCCAAGAAAGCCAGUUGUUAAAUUUUCAGUGUGAGCAUUUAUACCUCAGAAACUGGCAAACAUUACAAACCAA